CGAUCGAAGCUAAUGAGUCAUUCAGCGUGUGGCCAUCAGCUAACAGAAACCAGCUGAAAAUACGUAAAGUUUGAAGGAAAUCUCGAACUCACACUAUUUUAGACUGCCAUUCGUUAAAUUGCAAAGACGAAAUUAUAGUCUGCUACUAUAAAUCUUUCGGGUUUUCUCUUUCUCUCUCGUAUUUUGAAGUGAACUUCACUCACUCAAGGUUCGACACCUCGCUAUAAUAAGCAUUUAUCUCGAAUUUAGUCUCAAUAUCCUUGAAAGAAAGAAUAUUGGUUCGCUUUAGCAAAGAGGAACACAUGAAAAACGUCUUAAGAGUUUUUUUUGGUGAAGUUUAAAGGCCUUAAAUUUGAUGUAGUAAUGGAAGUUGGGUAUGACAGGAUCGCACGUGGGAAUGCAGCAAACACAUCAAUACAAGAAGAAGCAAAGUUGGCAUCAGGAAUGCAUAACCACCUUCCCCAGAAUGACCAAGGUGUAUCUGAUGACCCAGACCUGGAAUCAUGGGAUCCAAUGAAAGAAGACUAUUCUAACUUGGCAUUCAAUGCCUACAGAGAGCCGACCACUCAAGAACUGAGACAAUGGAUGCCAAAGCCUGGCAAUUCUGGUCCUUCUGAAGACUUGAUGGCUUGUUACAGAAGCAAAGAUGGUGACGUUCGAUUGUUUAUUAAUGGUAUACCCAAUGAUAUGACAAAGGAAGGUGUUAAAGGGUUGUUCAGUCAGGUGGGGAAAGUUGUUUACUGUCGUGUUAUUCCUCAAAGAGAUCCGUCAAGAGUUGAUAAAUUUGGGUUUGUGGGAUACAAGUCWUACAGAGAAGCAGAGCAUGCCAUACGAAAGUUUGAUGGCUUUAAUCUUGGUGGAAACAACCUUAAACUAAGAGUUUCUCUUGCAAAAGAAAAACCAAAGUUACCAGAACCUUUCCCAUCAAUGGAGGAUGAUGUUAACUUCACAAAUGGAUUGAAGGAAACUGUAAAAAACACAGAUCCUGAUUGGGGCCUCCCAGCAACACCUGUCAACCUCAGCACCCACAUGAAUGGUGAGUCUCCUGUACAACAAGGUCCACCAAGUCAAGGUCACAUCACAGACAGUUUAGAUCAAGAAAGGCCAGUGAAUGCUGAAGCCAGUGCCUGUAAUGGUGAAGCAGCUUYCAAGAAACCAAUACACUCUGCUGGAUUAGAGCCUUUGCCAUGCAGCAAGUGCGGGAAAGAGGGACGGCGUCGCUGUGGCAACUGCAAAAUACCCUAUUGUAGCAAAGAAUGUCAACGUUCUCAUUGGCCAGAGCACAAAAAGUUUUGCAAUUGGAAAACUGCUGGMGAAAACUCAAAGAAAAAUUUCGUAGAUACAUCACUAGAGAAUGCAUUGGCUACCACUCCAAACAGCUCUCAGACAAAUGGCAAUGACGAGAAAGAGAUUGAUGAGAACCCUUCUUUAAACCAAGGUUCUAUUCCAAGUAGCUCUCAGACAAAUGGCCAUAAUGCGAAUGAAAGUGAGGAGCAGCCUUCUUUAAACCAAGGUUCUACUCCAAGCAGCUCUCAGACAAUUUCCCAUGGUGAGAAUGAAAAUCAAGAACGGUCCUCUACAAACCAAGGCUCUACUCCAAAUCAAGAUCCAUAUUUACUCAAUGAGGAUGAUUUAGAAUUCAGUGACAUUUCCCAAUUUGUAAACAUGCUGGGGAUAAAAUUUGUGCCCAUGUCUCCAGGAGACUCACCAAGUCCUCAAAAUGUUUUGUCAAGUAAGAGUGAAGGCAGUGGCAGUCCGUUGUCUUCGCAGCAGGAACCACAUUAUGGUUUUUUGCAGCCUUUAAGGAGAGCCUCUCCAAGACCUCUCAUUACAGAGAUAAGCUCUUCUGUAUCUGAGUCUGAAGAUUCUCAAGAAAGCAGUUCAAGGACCACCCCUGUUAGGGAUCAAGCUUCAAUGUCUGUUGGUGCUACAUCAUCAGUUACUGGUCCCCAGAGUGAAGAUCAAUCGGUAAUGACAACAAACCAUGAAAAGACCUCCGAAGAACCUCAGAAACGUCCUUACAAGCGCUACUCCUUUGACGAAGUCCCACAGCAAAAUGUGUCAAUCGGUGGUUCCUAUGAAAUCGUAACAACUUCGGUAUCAUCUCCAAGGCUAUUCUGGGCACAGCUUUACGAAGAAUCUGCUUUGGCAAGCCAGAAUUAUUUGUAUGAAACCAUCAGAGAAGAAURCGAGAAUACGGUAUAUACUACUUAUGUUCCUUCACCUAAUGAGCUUUGUAUUGCACAGUUUUCAGUGGAUAAUAAYUGGUACAGGAGUAAAGUAGACUAUAUCUGUAACAACGGGCUGAUAAGAGUGACUCACAUAGACUUUGGUAGCAGUGAGGAUGUUGAGCCUUCUAAAAUACGAAGAAUUAAAGAGGAUUUGGUGCGAGUUCCAAGGCAGGGUAUAAAGUUUGCCCUAAACUUAUCAGGGUGCCCUGAAUUAUCCAGGGAAUGGUCCUCUGAGACAAUCGAGGCUUUCAGAUCCAAAGUUUUAGACGUCAAGUGUAGAGUUGAAGUGAAAAAGGUCAAAGAUUCCGUCCAUUAUGUUGAUGUGUUUGACAGUACAGACAACACCAAGAUUAAUGACAUUUUUAACGUAAAUCAGCAGGAAGGAUCAACCUUGGCCAAACCAGUGCCAAUGUAUCCACAAAGUAGCCAAACAGAUACAGACACUGCAGAACGAUACUCUCCCAGCAGUAAUUUGAAGCCGUCAUCACUGGAAAGAGCUGAAGACACCGUACCAUCGUCUAGAGGUACAAGUCAAAGUUCACCAAUUACCACUCAGGUAUCGGCCAAUCCUGCAACUCAUGUAUCUGGAAUUGCCAGGAAAGAUGCCAGCCCAGUAAUGCAUGAUUAUUCAACAAAUGUUCCAGGAAACAGAGUCUCUCCGAUGCUUGGUGCAGGCAGUGCCUUCUCACCAAUCAAAAGCCCUUUAGCCAAUCCAAGUGGUGGCGCUGGUAAUGUUAUGAAAACCCCGGAUCAAGAUACUCCAAGUUUCUGCAGUGAAAUGCCGACUUCUCCAAAUGUUCCAGCAAGCAGAGUCUCUCCGAUGGUUGGUGCAGGCAAUGCCUUCUCACCAAUCAAAAGCCCUUUAGCCAAUCCAAGUGGUGGCGCUGGUAAUGUUAUGAAAACCCCGGAUCAAGAAACCUCAAGUUUCUGCAGUGAAAUGCCGACUUCUCCAGAGACUUACUACACGAGUCUCUCAAACCCUACCCACAGUAAUCCAGAUUGCAAAACAAGUGAAAAUAAUACUGAUGGCCCAAUAUCUGGUCAAGAAUCUCCUUACCCUGCUUCAGUUAGAAGUACGUCUUCACAUAGUUCUUCCAAGUCCAGUUCUGAAGUAGAUCUUCAGUUAAGAAGUCCAGAACCACGGAUGCAGCAAAAUACUGGAGUUGUUCAUGGAUUGCCUUUCAAGGGUGUCAUCACUUCAGUCAAAUCUCCGUGGGAAUUUACCGUCAAGCUCUCUGAUUCACAAUUUGCUGCACAGUUCGAAAGUCUAAAUAACGACCUCAAUAUAUAUUGUGGUACUGCUCCGUUUGAAGUCCAGAAGGUAUACUCUUACGGCGAGAUGUGUGCUGUAAAAAAUAGCGAAGAUAAGACUUGGCAACGAGGAAAAGUAUUGGCAAACUUUCAACAAGAAGGCUACAAGGUCGUUUUCAUUGACCUUGGUGGUGAAAAAGUUGUGGCAGCACAGAAUAUGCGUACCAUGCCAGAUCAGUUCAAGGGUCUAGAACCUCAAUGCCGUAUAUGUUCCUUAGGAGGCGUUCGUAAGCCUACGGGAUCUUUAAUCUGGGGCAGGGAAGCAACCGACAGGUUCACGUCCUUGGUGUUGUACAGGAGCCUUACGUUUAAAGAGAUCAGCAGGUAUAAACAUACGUAUAUUGUUGAUGUUCUGGAUGAGACAGGACAACCCUCCGUGGCUAUGGAACUAAUCAAUUCUGGCCUUGCAGGUGCUUUCGUCAAGAAACUUCAAAAGCUUCAAGAUGCCAAAGAGAAAAGCAACCUCAUGCUACCAAAAGGUUUUCCACUACCUAUCAAAAUCGCCAUCACUUCAGCCAAACUCCCCCCACCCAACACCAUAAUCCAGAUCAUGGCAACCGAUAUACAGUCUCCUGCCUCGUUCUCUGUACAACUCGUCGACAAAGAAACAAAUCAGAGUUUAUCAGAACUAUGUGCAGAGAUGAAUAAGUACUACACUGAUUCAACUCCUCACCCGGACUGGAAGCCACGGGAGUCAGAAAUGUGUGCAGUUUUCUGCAGAGGCUCAUGGUUCCGGGCGUAUAUAGAAAGUGUUGACCAAGAUAAUGCUGCUAAAAUUUACUGUGUUGACUUUGGGAAUAGUGAAGUGGUUAGUCCAUCUGUGCUCAGACCUUUGGCUCCCACGUUUCAAAGUCUAGCCUACUGUGCUCUAAGAUGUUCUUUGGGGAACAUAGUACCAGUCGAAGGUGACGAAUGGCCGAAGCAGGUGACUGAAUUUAUGAAAUUAAAGAUCCCAAUAUCUUCAACUUUGAGUGCGCGUCUUAUAUACAAAGGGCAAUCUAUCCUGUUUCUUGACGUUUUUGUAUCAAGUGGCAAGAGUACAGAGAGUAUAUUGAAACUCCUCGUCACUAAAGGACUGGCAAAGUUUAAGAGCAAGAACGAAGUUAAGUCUCCAAGUGCGACUACUGGAAUGGCAAGGAACAGAUUCGAAGACAAAUUCGAUGUAUACAAAUCAGGAAAUACACCGUACUCGCUUUCAGUCCAUGGUUGUGCAAUUGCUGCUGCAAAGUUGCCGGAUGUAAGAGAGACAUUCGAAGGCAUAGUGACUGAGCUGAAGACCACGGGGGAAUUUUAUGUCCAAAUCGCUGAUGAAGCUUUAGCUGUGCAGUUAAUGGAGUUGACAAAUGCUAUGAGCAGCUAUUAUAGUAAAGCAACUCCAACCAAAUUCGAGGCAAAGCAAAACUUGUUGUGUGCUGCUAAGUUUUCUACCGACUGGAGGCGUGCGUACAUUCUGGAAGUCAACUCUAAUAAAACUGCGACUGUUUAUGAUGUGGACUUUGGAAAAACAGAAAUUUUGCCCAUCUCUCAAUUACAGUUUCUUCAGUCUCAGUUCACUACCCUUCAGUACUUUGCAUUAAUUUGUAAGGUGUCUCUUCCACGAGGCGUUAAUUGGACAAAGGAAGCCCACGACCUGUUUCUUUCCAAAGUGAAAUUCCUAGUCCCAAUUACUAUGAGGCUACAUUCAAAACGAAAGGAGAUACUGUUUGUAGAUUGCUUGAUCCCCGAGAGCAGCCAAACCUUGAGUCAGAUGAUUUUGUCUCAAAAUCAAGAAAGAAAGCCAGCUGUGGAAGGAUGGAAUAGAGGACCCAAACCUAGAUACCCAAGCUCGCCCAAGAUGAAAGAAGCAGAAAAUACGAAAAGCGUUCCAUCAGGUCAGGUGACCCGUAGCACACCCAGCGUAAAAAACUUGAACUUCGAGAAAGCUUUAGCUGCAGCCACUCUCCCUCCAGUAGGGGAAACCUUCAAUGCUGUUAUAACAGAGUUUCGAAAUCCUCAGUCUUUCUUUAUUCAUAGCGACAUUGAGAUGGCCACCAAGCUCACGAAUUUAGCUGCUGAUAUGAACAACCAUUACAACACAGUGCCUAAGGCUCCCUUCCAGGCAGAUGUAAACCUACUCUGUGUGGCCCCUUUUGCCUCGCCAAAUGAUUGGUAUCGAGCACUGGUUGAAAAGAUCGAUGCUAACCAGAUUGCAACUGUCUUUUUUAUGGAUUAUGGAAACACUGAUGAGAUUCCCGUAACUGAUCUCCGCCCACUUGAAGAUCGCUUUUCUGAGUUGCCUUAUUGUGCCUUGAAUACCUCACUGGCAAAUGUGAAGCCGAUGGACCUUUCAGGAUGGACAAGCAGUGCAAACGAUUUUGUAAAGUCCAAACUUCCUGUUGGUGUAGGGUUGUCGCUCAAAUUGAUCUCAAAACGACAACAUAUUCUCUAUGUUGAUUUGGUGGAUCCCACUUUCAGCGAAGGGAGUCUAUGUAGUGAUUUAGUAAAGAAUGGCCUUGCAUUGAGUUCUUCAGGAAACCGGGAAAGGUCUCCAUCCAGUUCAAGGAGCUCAUCAGUGUCAUCCCAGAAACUCUUGCCAUCAGCACGAACAUCUGCUAUUGCUUCUGCAAGCCUGCCACCCUUUAAAGAAGCAUUCCAAGUUAUUGCAACUCAUAUAACGUCUCCUUGGUCCUUUGCAGUGCAAAUUGCAGACUUUGAAAUGGCUUGCAAGGUUGCUGCACUUGGUAAUGAGAUGACUGCCCAUUAUCAGUCUACACAGUAUCCUCCAUUUUCACCUGCAACCAGUCAGCUCUGUGCGGCACAUUUCACUGGCAAUGAUGAAUGGUACAGGGGCUGGAUCGAAAGCAUCGUAUCUCAUGAUAAGGUCCACGUCUAUUAUACUGAUUAUGGUAAUUCAGAGGUUCUUGGUGUCUCGCGACUGCGGCCUCUUGAGAAGCAAUUCACUGAGCUGCCUUUCUCAGCUCUGCCUUGCUCUAUCGCUCAUGUUGUUCCACAGGAUCAAGGAGAAUGGAAGCAAGAGGCAAUCGAUUUGUUUACCUCAUCAGUUCCCCUCUACCAGCCAAUCAACGUGAAGCUUGUUUACGAGAAGAGAGAUUGCCUCUUUCUUGAUAUCAUAGAUCCUAAUGAGAGUUCAGCAACCUUGAGUAAAACUCUUGUUGAAAGAGGUCUUGCAGCUUGGAUGCAGCCAUCGAAGAGGCAGACUAAUGAAGCUACCGACGACAACCAUGCAAAGCCCAACUAUAACGAAAGUAAAAAAGAUAGGAUUCUUUCCCAUGACAGGUCAUCCGACUCUGAAAUGACGCCUCCGUUGUUAGGGGCUCAUGGUGUGAGGAGUCCAAGCAAUCCAAUUCAAGAAAUCCCAGUAAAGAUCACAAACAAUCCUGCCCCUGCAAGCAAAUACUUCCUUCCGUCCAUCCCAAUGGUUAUUGUUCCAACAGACGAGUUCUUCAAUGCAAUGGUCUGUGACAUCAAAAAGACAGGGGCUGUUUCUUUGCAGGUGCUGACGAAAGAGUUGAAGGAUCUUGAUGCUCUCUGUCUGAAGAUAGGCAAUCAUUGUUCCCAGGAUGAUCAUUUCCCGUACUUUCCAGUUGAAGGGGAAUUGUGUCUUGCCUGCUUUAGUCAAGACAAGAACUGGUACCGAGCCGUCGUCAGUGGCGUCCUACCAAACAAUCUGUACGAAGUUACAUUUAUUGACUUUGGAAAUGACGACACGGUUUCUCCUAGUGACAUAAGGAAAGUAAAGGCGGAAUUUCUUGGUCUUCCUAGACAGGCUUAUACUGGAUUUCUAGCAGGUUUUUCAAGAUCUGACAUGGGAGUGUUGCUUGAAGAUGAUGUCGUGAAAGCCCUUAGCGACAGGCUUCUAGAUAAACGUGUUUUUGCUCGUGUCUGUGGGUCUACUAGUGAAGUUGAGUUUUUCGAUGUUGGCAAUGAUGAAAAACCGGCUGCGAGUGUCAACAAAGAAGUCCUUCCAAGAAACGCUGUAAACACCACCCAAAACAAACAAAGUAGUUUAAUACCUGUUGAAAAAGAAUUCACGGCUUUGGUCUCCGAAGUAAUUGGUACAGGCGAAAUUUGGCUGCAACAAAAAGAUGGGAUUGAAUCUUUGAACAUUCUAAAGGCAGAUCUAGAUUCUUAUUGUGAAAGCAGCAGUUCCGUUCCCUUGGCAGUUUUACCUCGGCAUGGAGAUAUUUGCCUGUGUAAAUUCAGCAUAGACAGAAGUUGGUACCGCGCCAAAGUCGUGGAAGGUAUUUCCCCCGAUAACAUCCUGGUUCUGUUCUUAGACUACGGCAACACUGAAGCAGUUACUCUCAACAGUCUUCGAGAACCAAAACCAGAGUUUAUGCAGUUCCCCUUUCAAGGAAUCAAGUGCUACUUGUUUGGGAUCACUCAAGGAAAUCCUGAUGCAGAUGAUUACGUCCAACAAAUUCUAAACAGGGAGUUGAUGGUGAAGGUUCGUGAGAGAGGUGCAGAAGCUCUAGGCGUUGAGCUUGAAGAUUAUGGAGUUCCAAAUGGGCCCUUCAAUAUCAAUGAGAUUCUGAUUGGUUUUGGACACUCAGCAUGAGAAAAUGUAGGAGAUGACUCGACUUGUAAGACUAUAAAUACCGUUUUGAACUUGAUAACGAAUUUGACAUUUGGCCAAAUUUUCCUUAGUUCUUAAAAGAUUCUAAACACGCUUGAUAAUCUUUUCGGCUUCUCUUGGGCGUCAAGAAACUCAGGCAAAAAACUUGAUAAGAAACAUUCCCUGAUUGCAAUUCUAAAAUUUCGAUUGAAUGCUGUGUAAUACCAUUGGACAAACAUCAAAUUCGCCCACAUGGAAUGUUGGGACAUAAGAGAAGUGAGUAACAUGUUGAUAUAUUGGGAACAUAUAUUAACCACGGGAAGCCUACUUUAAAUAAAGGUAACACUGACAUUUUUUAAUCACAAAGGGAAUAGGAAACUCGGAACAUUUGAGGUGCACGAUAAUAUACCACAUUUAUGUUAAAAUGCUGGUAAUGACUAGCGGUUACUAGUUUGGACUUUGUUGGUGUGUAGAGUACAACAAGUGAAUUAAAAGGAAACUUAAACAGUUAAGAAUUUUGUAGCUAUGCGAAGUUUUGACGAAGACCUAUGACCAAAACGUCAGUAUUGUUUUGCUUUGAGUCGCAUGCAUUCAAAAACAUUUCCUUUUUUUUUUCUUUCAUCUUUUGCUUUUAUCUAAAGUGGGCUUCCUGAGAUUAGGGCGGGCAGGAAAAACAAAUAGAAAUCAGUUUUUUGUGUCUGCCAUCUUAUUGACGAUAAAUUGCGUCAUCAGAUUGUAAAAGUAGUGUGAAAUCACAAGGCGUAGCCGAGAUCCGCAUACUAGUUUGACAAUGUGAUGACGCAAUUUAUCGUCAAUAAGAGGACAGACACAUAAAAAACUGAUGUCUAUUUGUUUUUUACAAUAACAAAAACGGUAAAAACUUCUCAUCUUGACAUCUUGUCGUUGACGUCAGCUGUAUUUGUUUGUUCUCGUAUUUAUGAUAAAAAAUAACCAAUCGGCGAGCGAGAAAUUUGUAAGUUAUUGUAAAACAGGAUCUUUCUCGUCUGUUCUGGAAAACUGGAAUGUAGAGGCCUUUCACCAUCAUGUGUCUGCGGCCAUAUUAGAUGGUAGAACUAUAAUCUCUUUAUCUCUUAUCGAGUUAUUUCGCAUGUAAAACAAUUGUAUUGUUCCAGUCAUCCAGCAUGGCUGCCGUCACAUGAUUUUGCAAAACUACUAUUUCAGCGCUCUUGAUCUUUAUGAACAAGAGAAACCAGAACCCGAAGCAUAGGCGAAAUAUUUAGCAAAUUACAUACUUAGUACUUACAUUGCUUCUAGACACAAGAGAAAAACAUUUACGCAUGUUUGAAUUUAUUUCGCUUCCCAAUAAUUCACGAGUGUUUUAUUGAGAAAAGAAAUAUUCUUUUUCUCCGAAAAUACAAAAUAUUUCUGUAAGUAUGCUUUUCUGAGCACAAGAUACCGUAAACAAAGAAAUAAAUAUAAAGCCUUACUUUUCAAAAACUAAAUUUGGCUUUUGGAAUUCCGUAAAUAACAUUUGUUAGGCAAGUUUAAAAAUCAAAUAUAGAACUUAACAAGCUAAAUUUCGAUUCAAUCUGUAAGUUAGCCGUGCCCUGACUCAGAUCUGCCUAGAGGCUGUUUUAGGGUUUGAUCUAUGAGUUAGCUGUGACCUGACUGACCAGGGCAGAGGUUGUUCCAGGGUAUCGAUCUGUGAGUUAGCCGUGCCCUGACUAUGAUAAGGCCAGAGGUUGUUCCAGGGUAUCGAUCUGCAAGUUAGUCAUGUUCUAGCUUAGACUAGCCCAAAGGUUCGAUAACGUUUGGAGGUUUUUCGAAAAAACUGUAUUUGACGUUUUGGACUAAUUUGAAUACAGAGAUAGAGCGUGCGCAGAGGGUUUUUACUUGUGUCUUUCUAUCCCUAAGUUAUAACUUUUCGAGUAUUUUUGUAUCUUUGUACAGUUUGCUUGUUAAGGUUUCUUGGUAAUAAUUGAUAACAUUACCGUUAAUAUAUCCAUUAUUUUAUUUACCAAAUUAUGAUGCAAUAAACCUAAACUUAAAUAUU